UGGGAAGAGAAAAUAAGAAAAAAAAAAUUGCGCAAAGGAUACAAAUCCCGUUUUUCCGCCACCGGAGUUGAACACACCGCAAAUUCGCCGUCGGAUGCUGAGUCACCCCACUCUUCACUCCACCCAUCUCUUCAUUUCCCCAAAAAUCCAAAACCUAAAACCCAUCUCUCUCUCCUUUUCCGCUUCAUCACGAUCUGCAAUCUUGGGUUCAGGACAUAGGAGCUGGGAGUAACCUGACAUUCUGAAUGUUGUCUGGACAUUGACCAGAGCAAUCCAGUAUUGGAAUUCAUAAAAAGUAGUUACAAAUAAAUUAAUCAACAACAAUGGCUUCACACAAAACUGCCCAAAUUCGCCUUGUUAGUUCACAUGACGAGGUUUAUGAACCAUGUGAUGACUCUUUUGCACUGGUUGACGCUCUUCUAGCCGAUCGCACUAAUCUAUUGGAGCAUCAUCCAACAUUGUGCAUGGAAAUAGGCUGUGGAAGUGGAUAUGUUAUUACUUCCCUGGCUCUUAUUCUUGGGCAGGAAGGCAAUGGUGUAAACUACAUUGCAACUGAUAUCAACCCACAUGCAGUGAAGGUGACGCACGAGACAAUGGAAGCACACGGAGUUCAUGCAGAACUGAUAAUAACCGAUAUUGCAUCGGGACUUGAGAACCGACUAGCAGGUAUGGUUGAUGUAAUGGUUGUGAACCCUCCUUAUGUUCCUACACCUGAAGACGAAGUCGGGUCUGAAGGGAUUACCUCAUCUUGGGCUGGUGGUGAGAAUGGAAGGAGUGUGAUUGAUAGAAUUUUGCCUGUUGCAGACAUUCUUUUAUCAAAAAAAGGAUGGUUGUAUAUGGUUACUCUCACAGCAAAUAAUCCUUAUGAGAUUUGCGCUGAAAUGAGAAAGAAAGGAUAUGCUUCUAAGAUUGUUGUUCAAAGAUCAACAGAGGAAGAAAGUCUCCAUAUCAUCAAGUUCUGGAAAGAUUUAGAUAAUGAAAUUGAAGAAACAAAUGACCAAUCUCCUACUGGGUUCAUGGGAUCUUUGCUUGCACAAAUCCCUCUACUUUCAUUAUUGAGAGGCAACAAUAAUGACAAUAGUUCUUGAAUUUGGCCAAUGUUACUGGAUUGUUUUUAUUUAUUGAUUGUCUUGGUAACUAACUGUGCUUUCCACACCUCCCAGUAUCACUUGGAAAUAACAUGUUUGGAAGAAUAAUAAUUGAAUUUUGUAAGUGUUAUUUUAUUCGAGGUAAAGAUACAUACAGUUUAGGAUUAUGCUUCUGAAAGCAUGGUAUUUCAGAGUUAAACGUGUUUGGACAAAUUAAUAUUAGAAUGAUUGGUAUUUCUAAAGA